GACUCCCUCUUUUGCUGUUACAUAUCUUGUGGACGGUGUGUUGCAACGAACACUUGUGGUCUGUGUCACAACUACAGUACCUUGCGUGCCUUUCUGCUUUUCAUUCAGAGGCCAACCUGUUGUUCGACGAGAGCCAGAAAGCAAAUGGAACAGAGUGAGACAUGAAGAACCUAGUGUAUGCAAUUAUUUAUGGAUCCAUUAUUGCUCUCGGUCUGCCUCUCAACAUCCUGUCACUAUGGAUUUUGCUUCGUCACCAUGGGGGCAAGUCACCCAGCGCCGUCUUUAUGGUCAACCUGGUAAUAUCAGACCUGCUGCUCAUCAUCUCUCUGUCCUUGAGGGUCUACUUUUAUGCUACAGACAGCUGGCAUCUUGGGGAGAUGUGGUGCGUCUGGUUCACAAUGCUCUUUCGCAACAACAUCCGCACAAGCUCCAUCUUCAUCACCUUCAUCAGCGUGGACCGGCUGCUGGCUGUGGUUUAUCCAUUGAGGUCAAGGCUUAUUCGAACGCCAGCCAAUGCAUUAAAGGGAUCUGUUCUCAUUUGGCUGAUUGUAUUGUUGGUGAAUGUCCCUGAAAGUGUGGGCUUUUUGAGAACUUUAGACAAUCAAACGUGUUUUGAUUCUGUGAUUGGCCCACUAAUCAACGGGACACAGACUCACCAGUUGGCUCACCAGUCAAAGGAUAAGAUGCUGGAAAUCACAAUUGGUUAUUUUCAGCUUGUGUUACUAUUGACUAUGCUGAUGGUUAACAUUAUCUCCACAGUUAUGGUGUCCUGUACACUCCAAAGACAUCUAAGUGAGUCUGCAAAGGUCAAUAACAAACUGAACGUAAUGCUGAUUUUUGUCAUGAACCUGAUGAUGUUCAUAGUUUUCUUCUUGCCGGUGUCUUUGGUUGUUUUCUUUGAUGAACUGAGGCCCGUUCUGAGCUGCAUUGCAAGCGUGAACUGCUGCCUGGAUCCUCUGUUGUAUUACUUUUCUUUCGACGGGUUCUGGAAAAGACAGGAGGAUGUCGAAAAGUCUCUUGCAAGUCGCGGAACAUGAACAGACUGAGAAAGCUGGAGCUAUUUAUCAAUUAAGCAGGGAUAAGAUGAAAUUCGAAUAUUUUGUAAAAACGAUAUAUACAUAUAUUAUGUGUUGCUUUUUACAUCAUGUAAAAAAGUGGAAGGUGCUCUCUGGUCGACAGACAUAAAUAUUAAUGUGCAGCAAGGUGGCACAGCUUCCUCCACUGUCCAAACAUGACUGUUAGAUCAAUUGAAUACUUUAAAUUGUUUUUAUAUAUUGUGCCAGAAGUCAUCUGAUUAGUAAAUAGGUUAAAAACUGGGGAAAAAACUAAUUAAAAAAGACAGAGAAACACACCAUACAGGUCAGGAUUUAUGUGAACAAAAUGUCUUUAAAGUUAGGUGUGGUAUCAGAGAAUGGAUCAGAAUACAAAUGCAAGCCAUAUUAUACUGGUUUUUGAUUUAUAAAUUAUUAAACACCUUAUAUCCUUUUCCUGUUUUGUUUUGGACUAUCAUAAAAGUUCUAUGAAAUACAGGAACUUUUGAAGUUGCAACGAGACAAAUGUGAAAUGCUAUGAAUAUUUUUGUAAAAUACUGCAUGUAGCAAAAGAAAAUAAUCCAGAUCAAAAGUUUAAAGAAUAGAAAUGUAAGGUCUAUGUUUGUUAUCUGCAAUGAUUUAUUGUAAACCAUAUAAAUGUUCAUAUGUAUUGGUACUUUUUCUUUCCUUUUAACUAGCCCACUGACAGAACAAAGCAAACCACAGCAACCACUUUACAUCUUCAAUGCACAACUUAUGCACUCAUAACAGCAUUCAGAGUUCUCAUUCUAAGCACAUGGGGUUAGUCAUUUUGGAACAAAAUGCAAUUUGUAUGCAUAAAAUGUUGCUUCUUGUAAAUAAAGUAAGGUCCAUAAGACUGCGGCUGGCCAGAAAUUGCUUGUAUGGGACGCUUCUUAAAUUGGAGUCCUGUGUGUAGGCGCUCUCCUGCCUCAAGCUGCUCCAUAUAUGUAUAAUGUGACUUACUUGUGCCCUCUGCAGGAUGAAGCUGAACAACAAGAAACUGAAAAAAACACAAGAGCUUGCAGCCUCACAUCUGUACUGUAGCCUGUACUGACUCAGCCAUGGUCAUGUUUUUUUACACAUCCAUGUGACAGCAUUUAUUCAGUGUGCUGUGUGUAUGUUAGAUUGUUGUAAAUAGCCAAAACUGGUGUGAUGUUAAAUCUUAGAUUGAGAUGAUUUUGAAGAAGGUAAAGUCUUUGCUUUUUUAUCCAUUAUAUCUAAAGCCGCAUUUGAAAGUUGCGAUCUGUUAAGUCUGGGAUAAAAGCAGAAAAUACACAAACA